AGGCAGGAUGUCGAGGAAAUCCCGGAACUACAAAGUAACUAGCUUGGAUUGGUAGCGGAGUAGACCAAGUUUCCCGUGUCACCCGUUUAUUAACCAAGUAUUAUCAAUACUGUUACACUUUUCAUUUCUCGUUUUGGAUAAAAGACUUCGCUGGGGAUGGCCGCAGCGCCUCCGCCCCAGUCCUCGCUCCAUAUGCGGUCCACGGACCUCAUUGUCCGGGAGCCUCUGGACUACGGGGGGUUCGGGGAGGUUUACCUGUGUUAUCAUGCCACACUCGGACAAGUGGUGCUGAAGACCAUGUACACUGGACCUUUGCGCAACGAAGAUAAAAAGCGCUCUCUUCUGGAGGAGGGGAAUAUCAUGGCCAGUCUGAACCACGAGCGAGUGGUCAAACUGCUGGGGGUCAUCAUGGAGGAUAGGGACUGCUCUCUGGUCAUGGAGCUUCUGCCAAGAGGAAACCUUCUGGUCAUGUUAGAAGAGGUUUCCGUUCCAAUGUCGUUAAAGGCCAGAAUCAUCUUGGAAAUCCUAGAAGGAAUGGUGUAUCUAACUGAGAGGAAUAUCCUUCAUAAAGACAUCAAGCCCGAAAAUAUAUUAGUGGACAAAGACUUUCACAUCAAGAUUGCAGAUUUGGGGCUGGCCACCUGUCAGACCUGGAGCAGACUGACUAAAGAGGAGUCUCGAAGGAAAAGCCAGAUGGGGCGCUCAUGUGGGGCACGGGGGGCCGGGACCCUCAGCUACAUGGCCCCAGAACACCUGGAGAGCAUCCACACUGUGUCCACUGAGAAGUCUGACGUCUACAGCUUUGCCAUUGUGGUCUGGGUCAUCCUUACAGGACAAGAACCGUAUGCAAAUGCCAGAAGUGAAGACCACAUCAGCCAGUGUGUGCGGAACGGCAACAGACCUGCAGAGCAUCUCAUCCCAGAGGGCACACCUGUAGAGAUCAUAGACCUGAUGAAGAGGUGCUGGGAUCCGGAACCACACAAGCGACCAACAUUCAAAGAGGCCUAUGGCAUCUUCCUGCCCCUCUAUCAAGAAUACUUUGAGCAACAUGUUGAGAAUGAUGUCAUUGAAGUGAAAAAACAGUAUGAAGGCCCAGAGGAGCUUGUUGAAAAGAUAAAAUGUCUCUCCUUGUCUUAUGGAUGCUCUUUAACAGAUUCUCCAGCCCCAUUAUUGAGCUCAGGCAGUAGUGUUUCUGGCCCAGUUGAAGCUAGUAUUGAAGAUCUCCACGAAAUCCAGAACGAUUCUGUGGAAGACCAAAUCGAGACUGACGCACAAGUCCCUGACGGACCCUCACACUUAGAGGAGAAGUUAGACCGUGAACUCCAGUACCACAAACAUGGAAGCUACAACUGCCACACAGAAUUCGCCAACGGUUACCAGGGCAAUGCUGUUUCUUAUGCACAACCAGACUUCAACAUAAGACAACCGGAACAGGACAAACCACUGGUAUCUUCUGUGCAGUCCUGGACCAAAGAUGCAACCAGCCAGGAGGAGACGCGAUACUGGCCCUCUGCUGGCUAUGACUCCAUGGUUUCCUCUGGUCUCCAUCCCUCUCAGCUUUCCUCCAGCUCUCCCUCCCUCUCCACUCUUAACCCGGGGCAUGCACACAUUGACCGGCAGCAGUCAUGGCCACUUUUCCCGGUCUCGGAUAGCGCCGCUCCGGAUCUGACCAAUGGGAGACUGUUGCCGUCUUCUAAGGGAAGCUCACUUCAGGAUACAGGCUCUCUGUACAUCCAGAACGCAAGCGGGAUCCAAAUUGGCAACAACAACACGCUAAGUAUCCGUGGUUAUGACUCAAAUUUAUCAACCCUCUGUAAAGGUGGAGCUACCGUAUCUAUCAAAGAAGCUGUUCAAAUAUAUGAGGACUGUCCCGUGACAGAGGAACACUUGGAUGUGCUCCGAGAGAACAUCGGAGCCAAGUGGAAGCGUUGUGCGCGGAGGCUGUGUCUGAGCGAUGUGGAGAUUGAGACCAUCGAGCUGGACUCCUACCGCUAUGGGGUCCCGGAGAUGGUGCACCAGACGCUGGAGAGGUGGAAGAUGAAGGAGGGCAGUCUGGGGUGUACCGUUGGGAAGCUUUGUCGAGCCUUGGAAGGAACAGUAACCAUAGGUGUCAUCCAGAAAAUUCUAGACAUAUGUGAACAGUCCUCAUAAGCUUUUUACAUGGAUGUACGGAAGCCAGUUGGUAAGAAUGAACCAGAGAAUACAUGUGUCUUUCAAAAAUACAAGCAGAAAUUGAGGUGCCAUUAUGAUUUUGAUGCCAGCGUUUUUAAUGGAGCUCAUCAGUGACCGUCCACCCCUGGUCCCGAAAGUAAAUUUCUCAUUUAUUUUUCACAUGGACCUUGCAAAGAAUAAAAAAUAAAACGUUUGAAAGCUUGCUCAGGCAUAACCAGCUACGUCGUGACUAAUGAGCACAAGACCUAUAAUUUUAUUUCUGAAACUUUAUAAACUGUGAUGUCAUUAAAUCAUGGGCCUUUUGGACUUAAAUAACUGCAUUAUGGAUAUUAGUUAGCAUAUAGCUGAUUAGCUUCAGCACAAUCUUUUAACUCUGAUGUUUUCUUAAAGUCUAUGGGAAAAUAAAUGGAACAUUUAUUUCCGGAAAUGGAGUGGGGAGUCACUAUUGAGCUCCUUAAUGGAAAAGUAUUCUAAAUAAUCAGGGUAAGGUGUUUUGUUCUUAUACAUGUUUUAUUAGGGUUAGAAUUGUCUAUUUGAGUUUAUGAAUGUCGUGUCAUAAAUGAAAUGAACUUAAUGAAUUUUUACAGUGUCAGUUCUUUCUUUUUUAUUACACAUUGGAUUAUAUGUUAAUUUCCAGGUAACUGUGGGAUUCGUACGCAGGAUAAAGGUUCUAAAUAGUUAGCUUUAAAAUGUGUUAUUGUGCAAGCUAGACACAAUAUAGUUUUUCAGCCGUUUCUGUACUAUGGACUGGACUUUUUUAUUGCUUUACAUUGUUUGUAAAAUUGUACGGAAGUGUUAAUCAGCACAUUGUAGUAUGAACCAAGUUUAAAUAACAUGUUGUAAAGACAUUCAAACCAUGGUUUUAUGUAAACACUAUCAUUAUGAAAAGUCAUUCAGCUCUUUGGCAUCUGAAAAGAUUUCAGAGCAGAGGUGGGUAGAGUUGUCAAGAAUUAGACUCAAGUAAGAGUAACAGAACUUCAUUAAGUCAAAAUACAAAGUAGUAGUUCAAUAAAUUACAAUUUUGUGAUACUCAAGUAAGAGUACUCAGGACGUAACAUCUGUGUUUUAAUUUAAAUGAAAAUUUAAUUAAUAAAACCUUAAAGAAAGCACAAAAAAGAUAUAAAGGAUAUGAGAAGAAAUAAAUAUAUUUGUCAACAUAAGACUUAGUGGAAAGAGUAACCAAUUUGUUUUACUCAAGUAAGACAUUAAAACAAGUAUUACCAAGAACUAUAAUUUCUUAGUAAAUGUAACUGAAUACUACCCACCUCUGUUGCAAAUUAUUAAAACGUGCCUUUAUCUGAGGUGUUCUGUUAUGCAAAUGCUCACACAUAUUUUCACUGAUAAAUAAACUUUUCUUUUAUUAAACA